CUCGGCGGGGGUAACGAGCUGGAUUCACGUUCUCAGACCAUUUGAGCUAAGGUCUUGCAGCAUGUCGGCGAUUGGGGUUCACUUCGGUUACACAUCCGCUUGUGUAGCGAUAUUUAAGGAUGGACGGGCUGAUGUGGUGGCCAAUGAUGCAGGAGACAGAGUGACUCCGACGGUGGUGGGCUACAGAGACACUGAACAGAUUGUAGGUAUAGCAGCGAAGCAAGGACGGGUCCGCAAUGCUGCCAGCACAGUGGUCAAAGUGAAACAAGUGCUGGGGAGAAGUUUUGAUGAUCCAGAGACACAAAGACACAAAAUGGAGACCAAAUGUCAGGUUGUCAACAGAGAGAACAAACCAUUUUAUGAGAUUAUGGCAGGAGAACACCCGAAAUAUGUUGCUCCAGAAGAUGUUGCAAACCUCAUCUUCCAAAAAAUGAAAGAAACGGCUCAGUCGGCUCUGGGAGGCUCUGAUGUUAGCGAUGCUGUCAUUACUGUUCCCUUUGAGUUUGCACAUGCUCAGAAGCAUGCUCUAAGGAAGGCAGCUGAAGAUGCAGGGUUCAAUGUAUUGAGAUUAAUCCACGAGCCUGCUGCUGCUCUGUUGGCUUAUGACAUUGGACAGGAGUCCUCUUCAGGAAAGAGCCACGUCCUUGUCUAUAAGCUCGGGGGGACAUCCCUGAGCGUGACGGUGCUGCAGGUCAAUGGAGGAAUGUUCCUGGUUCGCGGCACUCACACUGACCACAGUAUCGGGGGGGAGAGUUUCACUCAGGCCUUGGCGCAGCACCUCGCCUCAGAGUUCAAACGCACCUUUAAGCAUGACGUGAGCACAAAUCCUCGGGCUAUGAUGAAGCUGAUGAAUGGUGCAGAGAUGGCCAAGCAUUCCCUGUCCUCCUUGGGUUCAGCCAACUGCUUUGUUGACUCUCUUCAUGAUGGUAUUGACUUUGAAUGCAUUGUAUCAAGAGCUCGAUUUGAGCUGCUCUGCUCUUCACUCUUCAAUAAAAGCAUCCAGCCAAUCAAAGCCCUGCUGGAGGAGGCGGGCCUCACUGUUCACAGCAUUAACAAGGUGGUUCUCUGCGGUGGCUCAGCCAGGAUCCCUCGACUCCAGCAGAUGAUCCGCGAAAUGUUUCCUGAUGUGGAGCUUCAUAGUUCAGCACCUCCUGAUGAGGUCAUUGCUGUGGGAGCAGCCCUGGAAGCAGGCCUACUGGUUGGCAGAAAUGCCCUCGCCCCAGAGGAAGAGUCUGUCACAGUGGAUGUUUCUUCUGCUGACAUACUAGUAAAAGAGAGAGAUGAAUCUGGAGCUGAGAUGUUCACUGUUCUCCUUCCUUUGGGCACACCCCUCCCUGCCCACAGACGGCACAUCCUGAGGGGAGAGGGAAAACUGUCCUCCCUCUGUUUGGAGAUUUACCAGCGAUUCACGGAGCAGCCAGAAAAGCUGUCUAAGAUUGUUUUAAGAGACCUGGAGCCCACCGAGGAGAGUCACACCAUUGACACUGUGGUGACCAUGAAAAGGGACGGCUCCAUCCAUGUUUCCUGUGUAGAACAGAACACUGGAAAGUCAGAGGUCAUCACCAUAGCAGCUGCAUCAUGACAUCAUUGAGCUGUAGUCCAAAUAAGAGCCUGGUGUUGGAGCAACCUUAUUUUCUGUUUUCCCCAUUUUUUAUUCAAUAAAUAUAAAAGUC